AUGAACCGUAGAAAACAUAGCAGAACGACCGAUGAGGUCGAGAUCUCCAAGCGGCCGAAAUUCAUCGCAUGCCAGCGCUGCCAUUCACAUAAGAUUAAAUGUUCAGGGGGCCAGCCGUGUCUCAAAUGCCGGCAGGUCGGCUGUGCCGAUGAAUGCGAGUACACGCCUCGUGAUCGACAGGUGAAAGUAAGCGAAAGCUUCUUGCAACGCCUGCUAGCGGAGAAUCAGCGUCUGCGCGAACAGCCCCGAGCGCCAGACCCUCCGACCGAUGCGGAUCCAGAGGGGCGCGGCGUCUCGGGGCGCGGCCCGUCACGAGUGCCGGCAGAAGCUCCGGACCUGGAAACUGGGAAUCCCAACAACGUGCGCAAUCCCUUAAUUGGGGAUCGGGCCUGGUUCCAUCCUUACGAUCCCUCCGCGCCACCUAUCUUUAUUGGGGAGGCCGCCUGCACCGCGUUUGCGACGCGCUUCCGGCGCUUCCUGACGGGGAGUAAUGCCACGGCCCACAUCCCUCGCACCCAGUACGUCCACGAUGAGAGCAUCAGUGCGGCCACCGCGGGGAAGAUUGGCUGGCCGAGUCUGCAGCAGGCCCGGCUGUUGCUAAAGAUCGCCCUGCGGCAGAUCGGGUUCAUUUACCAUCUGGUCCUGCGCAAAUCCACGACGGAGAAGCUCGAGGAGAUCUACCAGACGGGCGACUUCGAGGCCAAGGUCCACCAAUGCAAGUUCUUCGCGCUCUUUGCCUUCGGCGAAGCAUACUCCAUGCGAAGCGAGCCGUCCUCGGGGUCACGGGUGCCAGGGACCAAGUAUUUCGCGCGUGCGCUCAGCCUCGUGCAAGUGCUGCCGGAGCGGACGAGCGUCGCCCAUUUGGAGACGCUCUUAUUGUUGUCCUUGUUCUCCUAUUACUUGAACCGCAGGCAUUCAGCCUACGUGCUGAUCGGCAGCGCGAUGCGGCUGGGGUUGACGAUUGGUCUGAACCACAACAUCCCCGAAUCGCAGUUGAUCGACCCGGUGGAACGGCAGCACCGCGUGCGGAUCUGGUGGACAAUCUACAUCUUCGAUCGCAUGUGGGGCUCGAAGAUGGGAGUGCCGUCCCAGAUCCUGGACGAUGACAUUCACCUGGACAUGCCGUCGACGAUCACUCCGAUCGCGUUGCACGAGGAGCAGUUCUCGGACACGGAAUACUUGAAGGCGAACAUCAGCCUGGCGCGGAUUGUCGGCGAGACGAUCGCCAAACUGUACAGUCGACGCAAGUACAGCGAGACGUUUCUGCAGCGCGUGCAGAAGUUGUUGAAAGCGCUGAAGAACUGGGUGGAAACGCUGCCGGAGCAUCUACGGCUGAACCAAGAGGAGCCGGAAACGAGCCGGACACCGGUCGGAUCGUUGCAUUUAUCCUUCAACCAGUGUGUCAUCAUCACCACGCGCCCCACCCUCCUCCACAUCCUCAUCAAGCUCAGCGAGCCCGAGUCGGAGGAGAUCUCGCAGCCCGUGCUCACGCUGGGGGAGGCAUGCGUCCACGCCGCCCGCCACACCCACUCCAUCAUCCUAACGCGUUGGAUCAACGGGUCCAUGCCAACGUUCGGCUACUUCCACGCGCACUACCUGUUCUCGUCCGCCCUGGUGCUCGCCAUGUCCAGCUUCACGCCGAUGGGGAGCGCCGCCGACAUGAACUCGUUCGAGACCGGGCUGGAGGUGCUCCGCUCGAUGAGCGAGAACGGGAACCUGGCGGCGUCGGAGUUCUACCAGCACCUCAAGGUGGUCAACGAGUGUCUGGGCCGGUAUCUGAGCGACCGCCGGCGCAGCCAGAACGCGGCCGCGGCGGCGAUCGGGCCCGGGGUGGCGGAUGCGGUGGUGUCAACGGUGGCGGUGGAUGGGCCGGGGGUCGAGGAGUUCUUGCCCGUGGAGCUCCGCGACAGCAGUGGGGGGUUCACGACGGCGAUGGCGUUCAUGGAACCGACAAUGCAGGACUUCCUGGCGCAGAGUGAUUUCGAUCUGGGGAUGCUGCAGGUGGAUACGUAUCUGAAUGAGGGCGGGUAUGAGGGGAUGACCAGUAGUCAUUAA